UUCACAAAAAUCGUAAUAUGGCAUUGGCAUUUGGCAACACAACAAAUUCUGCCACACCAUUUUUUUCUGUUUAAAAGAAAUCGCCACCGGGAAAAUAAUAAGCGCGGGAUGCACGGGAUUUCCAUGAGCCCGCCCCCAGCGUAACGCGCCCUCCGAGUAGAAAACCUAAAAAAAAAAUCCCUCUUUCUAUCUCAGACAUCGAGAUUCAAAGCGGAGGCGGAAGUGCGGAAUCUCUCUCUCUCUCUCUCUCUCGCUCACAUUUCUUCAUCACUCCCCACCGCCACCUCAUCUCAUCUCAUCCCCUUCCUUCUCCUCCUCCUCGGCUCCUCUCCCACCCGCUUUCACCCUCCUCUCUCGCCGCCGCCGGAAAUUGAAAUGCCCGGCCUCCGUCGCUAAGCUUCCCCACGCUCCCCGCUCGUUUCUUCCCUCCCAGCUACCAGAAAAUGCCGACACUCCUCGCUUCCUUCCUUCUCUAGGGCUACCCCUAGGGUUUCCACUCAUUCUCUCCCGUUUAGCCAGCCGAGCCAGGUUCUUUCCUCUUCUCACCUCUCUAUCUAUCUAUAUUCUCUGUUGCCCGCGCGCGCGCGCUGAUUUCUGCUGUGUAGUUGCAUUUUGUUUUUUUUUUCUUUUUAUUCCCGUUUUGUUAUGCUUGUUAUCCGUUCAGUUGCAUGGCCGCCCCUGAGAAAUUGAGAGUUUUCGCUGCCGUUUGGCUGUGUUGUGUUUGUUCGGCGAGGAAAAUGGAGGAAAACGAGUGGAAAUUUUUCGAAAUUGUUUUUUUUUGGGGGGGAAAACGUAUGAGAGAGAGAGAGUUUCGGUUUUCUGCUGCAGUUUAAUUAGGCAUUCUUUUAGUAACGAAAAUGCGUUGAAAGAGGGAGGGAAGAAGAAGGAAGUAGUUUUGCUUAGCGAUGCUGUCUUCUAGGUGUUUGAUUAAAUGUCACAGACACGAAGAAAACGAUAGGGUAAUCACCGUUUGAAAAGGACGCACCUACUAUUUUCCCCAUCCGUCUGGUAUAUGAGUCUUGGUGUUUUCCAUAAAUUUUCGUUCUUAUUUAGUGGGUGUGGAUCCUCCUGACUUGGGAGAGAAACUCUCCCUCUCCUUGCCAUUUUUGGUUUGUGGGUGAUUAGGAGUGUAUAUCUUUUCAAUGGUAAAAAAUAUAUAUAUAUAUAGGGAAUGUGUGUUUCGAAUAGGGUUAAUCAGUGAUGUGGCGGGUAAUUAGUGGGUGUGCCACAUAACUGCAGCCAAUAGAAAUCCUACAAGCGGCCCGGGUGAGCAAGAAGAUUAGAAGAGGAAGGGGUGAGAAUAAUCAUAUGAAAGAAAAUAAAAGCCCACUAAUCCCGUGUGGCACAUUUUGAGUCAAAAUGGAUUUGCUAUUAAUGUGUUGGAAUAUUGGAAUGUGCGUGCGGGGUAAUUAAGGGUAAAACGUAUCGUCUUAGAAUCUUAAAAGGACUGUCUUUUCAUGGUCAGUUUUUCUUGCCCCUGAUUCCCAUAUAUAUUUUUCAAAACGUGUCCAUGACAGAAUGUGAUUGCUCUGAAGAAUUUGGCUGCAUAUUUGUUUUUCUUGGAUAAGGUUGGAUACAUGGAGUAUUGAGAGUUCGGAUGAUAAGGAUAUCGAAUACUUGAGGGUUUGUCUUGUCUUCCUGUUCUUUCUCUCUGUGUGUAUGCGUGUGAUUUUCGGCGAUUGCAUAUCCUCUUUGCUCAAUUCGUUUCCUUUCGUGAAUGUCAUUGGUGGGUUUCGGAUUGUGAAUGACGGGUUUUUUUUUCUUCCCUGUGUUUGUUCGAUUGUUGCAGGUUUUUUUAAUAUGAACGACUCUUGGUUUUUCGACAAAAAUUUCAGCGGGGUAACGGAUGAUUUCUUCGAUGAAACGUUGAAGUACUUUGAUUUCCCUCCAGAGGAUGUUGAUCCUGCCGCUGCGGAAGAGGAUUGGCAAACUAAAUUUCAAGAACUUGAGCCUCCUUCCAUCUUUUUGCCAAACUUCCCGUCUGAUAUCUGCUGUGCAAGUGGCAAUGCCGCUGUCAAAGUAGAGGGCACUUCCUCCAUUUUGCAGAAGAAAUCGUCCGAGUCCAAACAAUGUUCAAUAAUAAGCGGUAACAAGGCAUCAUCCAGCAGAAGCAUCAGCAUCCAGUCUGAUUUCUCUUCAGAUGCGAAAUAUCCUCGACAACAUUUCAGGACCUCAAGCCCAGUUUCUGUCCUUGAGAGCAGCAGUUCCUCUUGCUCGGCCGAAAACCCAACAAAUUAUCACUCUACAAUCCCCAUUGCAGCUAAACGUACUCGAAGCAAAGGCAUGCGCUCCCAACGUUGCAGUUAUGAGUUCUUCCAACGUUUAUUCUCCUCGGGCAGAAAAAGGCUUCAUCCGCUGGCCCAGCUCGAGCCGGAAUCCGUGCCCCGUGUAGAUGAGAAGACAUCAUCAGGCCUCCUGAAUGGUAUUCAGAAAAAGAGAAAGCAGCAGCAGGGUACUGGUGGUGAAACGAGGAGGUGCUCCCACUGUGGGGUGUCGGAGACUCCGCAGUGGAGAGAAGGCCCAUUGGGUCCCAAAACACUCUGCAAUGCUUGUGGGGUUCGUCACAGGUCUGGACGUCUGUUCCCAGAGUACCGCCCAGCUGCUAGUCCGACCUUCAUCCCUUCGGUGCACUCGAACUCACACAGGAAGGUCUUGGAGUUAAGGAAGAAGACUUGUGAUGGCAGUGGCGACGAGGAGGGAGCAGGAGCCACGACCACCACUUCGAUGGCCUGAGAAUGAAGAAACCAAUGCUGAUUUUGACUGGUAUUCGUUUGAUUAUUAUAUUGUUUAGGAGUAGCUAGUGUGGGUUAGGACAAACGACGAACGGUUAGCAGCGCAAGUCUUGUAAUCUCUCUCUGAUGAUGACGAUGAUGCUAAUACUGUUUGUGGGGUUUAAUUUGUUCUUUGAUGUACAUUAUUACCUUGAGAAUAAGAAGCAUAGGGAGGUAGAUUGAUGAAGAGGCAGAGGUAGAAGAAGUUUGGCUAUGCAAGCGGAAGAAAGAAAGGAGGCUCAGAAGGACUUCGAAGGCAGAGCGAGGCAUUAGCUUAUUAUAUGCUGUGUGAUUGUGUAGAUGUUGCCGAAAAGUUCAGUUGGGGUAGUUUCUUCUUUCUUUCUUUCUUCUUCUCUAGUGAUGCAGUACCCUUUUCUAGCCAUUCCUUGGCUUUUAUAUAUUCGUCGUUGGCUGCUAUCAGUGUCUUCUGGGAUCGUUUGAUGAUGGUAUGUGGAUUUGUUACAGGUAUUGUUUGUUGGCUGCUAUCAGAGUGUCCCCUCUCGUAUUUCAUCCGCGAUUUCUGGGUCGUUGGAUGGUGGUAUGUGGAUCUGUUACAGGUCUCUUUUGUUGGCUGCUAUCAGAUUGUUCUCUUGUAUUUCAUCUGUGAUCUUCGGGAUCAUUGGAUGUUGGUAUGUGGAUCUCUUGCAGGUUGGUUUGGAUUGCAGGAAAUGGUAUUUGCAUGGAUCGUCAAUAUACAAUUGGAAUGUGCAAUGAAAGGAACUAUAAUUGUACGGAAGCAAGUUUUUUUGUAAGGGGAACCCAAGCUUUUGCUUGUAGGGGUGGCUGGUUGGUUUCCGGUUAGCGGCUAACCGGACGGUUUAAUCGUUAAAAAUCCAGUUAGCUGCUAGCCGAAAACCGACUAUAUAUACCGUCGAUCGGUUUGCCGAAAGAUAUAAGGGUUGUUCGGUUAGUGGAGUAACGGAAGCUAGUUAACCACGGUUACCCGACUAACCGACCUCCGCCCAAUUUGCUUGGAAGGAACAGUCUAAAGAUUGGAAAUCAAACGAAGGCCCAAAAGCUUCACUCCAGCCAAGAAAAGCCCACAGACCCGACGUAGACCCACAAACACCCCUGGCCCAGCCCAAACUCGGCGAUACAGAAACAACUGCUGCCGACAGCCGACAAGUGGAUGAAUAUUAUUUAAAAGAAAAGGUUUAAUCAAUAUUAUUGUACGAGCCCAUAAUAAUAAAAGAAGGGUUGACAAUAUAAUAAUAUAAAUAAUAAUUAACGAGAAGAGAUAAGGGAACAAGGUCUGGCUCGGGUACCACAAAACGGGGCAGGCUCCAUCGUGACGUUACGUCGACGUCUCGUCGUCACAUCAAUCAAUUCAACGCCCUCCACAGAAAUACAAAAAACAAAAAGAAAAAAAAAACAGUGGGAUUCAAAGACAGAGGUCCAGUUAUGAAAAAGACAAAAGAACAGGCCCAUCAGGACGCAUGGGCCCAGCCAGCUAUAAACCCCGAAGGGCCUGUUGUCUUUAGCUGCCUGGCCACGACCACAUUGCCGCCAGGGCCCACAAUCCACCACCAACACCAUAAAGCCACACCACAUUGUUUGCCGUCGUAAAGUCAACGAGACUUGACAGUCUGUGUGGUACGAACACCGUUAGUUAAGUCAAAUGUUAGUUUGUAGUACAGAAUUUUUAAGUCGGUAUUCAACGCAUGGUGUUGUUGGAUGUUGGUUAGGAAAUAAGAAUAUUCAAGAUUUUUCAGUGUUUAAGAGAAAAUGCCUAAGUUACCAUAGAGUGUUCGUGUGAUUUCCCUCCACAUCAAAAGUAAGGAGGUAGGGAGUAGAGGCUUUGAUGUUUAAUUAUGAAUUAUAGUGGUGGAAGCUACGUGUUAAAUUUAACGGGAGAUUUGGUUUUGAGAAAGUUAUGAUGUGUGUUGUUAGAGAGUGGUAUAAGAUCCAACAUAACCUUCUCCCAACAACUCGAGUUAUUGGGACCAACUGGUUUAUGACAUGGUAUCAGAGCCUAGAACCGAAAGGUCAUGUGUUCGAAUCUCCACGACCCCCAAUAUUAACCGUUGUCUUUCAAGCACAUGGUAUGGUGGGCCUGUGCAAACUUCAAGUCCAUGGGUUGGCUUUCGUUUGAGGGGGCGUGUUAGAGAGUGGUAUAAGAUCCAACAUAACCUUCUCCCAACAACUCGGUCCGAAUACUCUCCAGCAUGAUACAAUAGGCGUACAUGUAUCGUGGUAGAGAUAUUUCGAAAUCAUGGAAACUAGCACACGACUCUUUUUGCUUUUCGUUCGGAAGAGAGGAGGAUGCAGGAAAUCACAAGCGUUUUAGACAGGGAACGAAGGGUAGAACAAUCAACGCUUAAAAACGUUGAAUCGGCUGUGUAUUUGUAGAGAUUGAAGAGGUGGCCUGAUCCAACCACUACCUUGGUUUGGAUAGUGUAAGGUGGACAUGAAACCAUAAGUUGCUUUCAAGCAAUGUCUUGGUUCGUCUAUAGGCUGUUGACCCAAGCAAUGCCUUGGUUCAAUUAUGAUUCGGUUUAACUCUAAUAGUUGGAGAACCAAUCCAUCAAAUCAUAUCGAUCAAAGUCAAAGCGACCACACGACGACGCGAGGACCUAUUUUGCUCCUUUUAUUAGCCUUAUCGGGCUUCUCAACUUAACUACCCACAAUUUCGUGAGUGUGGUACAAAUAAGAUUUUAAUUCACUUCAUUCCCUUCCCAUUUACACCUCCAUUACUCGACAUCUUAAUUUUUUAUUUAUUUUUAGUCCCUCUUCAACCUAACUGGUGCAUUUCGAGUAUUCAGUUGCGGUCUAAGACUAUCCCGACCAAAUGAAUAGUAACCGAACUAAUAGAUGUGAGCAAUUCGAGCUCACAUUUCUCUCGAGGACAUAAUAAAAAAAUCUUACGAUAAUAGGUCAUGGGACUCGAACUAAACAGAAAAUCAAAAUCGUGUCUACCCUUAUAGUUUACACUCUUCACUAGCAACUAAAAAAAUCCAAGAUAUUUUCAGAAGUUCAUCAUAGGAACUAACUAAAAGAUCUAGAAGAGGGAUGUGUGGGAGGGCAAAUGGCAUUAGGAGUUGUCUUUCACUAAUCAAGGUUAGGUUGGUGU